GCUUGACCGAUGCGGUAUAGGUAUGUAAAGAUGUAUGUACAUUUAUACCAUGACUGGCAUUACAUAAUAACAUAAAUACUUGACCUUGAUUUUAUUAUAUCCAGCUGACCGUAUUAAAUGACCACUACAUGCUAACAUCGAGUGGUCAGUCGCAUUAGUGUUCAUUGACCUACAAGUUUGUUUACAAAAUAGCUUGCAAACAAAGGAAAAUUUGCGACCAUCAAUAUUUAGCUUAUUCCUAAAAAGAAUAUUGAAUAUUUUCUAAAAUAUUGCACUGAAUAAAUUACUACAAAAAAAUUGAGAGAGAAAAAUGGAUGGAGUUAGUUUGACAUUGGUGAUUUUAAUAGUUCUAUUAACUUUCUUAUGGAUUCGAUCAAAGAGACCCGGAGAUCUACCCCCGGGACCUACGCCUCUACCACUGAUUGGAAAUAUUCCUGCUUUAUUCGGAGGAGAUCUAUUGAAAGUUUCCAGAGAUCUGAGAAAACAAUAUGGUGAUUUGUACAGCUUGUCUCUUGGACCUUACUGGAUUGUAUUUGUUAAUGGUUAUGAUCUCCUGAAGGAAGCAUUUGUAAAGAAUGCUGACGUGUUGUCAGACAGACCAGAUACUUUCAGCAUUAAGGUGUUGUCAGAACGGCGAGGAAUUGUAUCCUCCAAUGGGCAUCGUUGGAAGGGUCAAAGGACUUUCGCCCUCGCAGCUCUAAGAGUUUUUGGUUUUGGCAAAAGGAGUAUGGAAACCAAGAUAUUAGAAGAAAAUAAAAACUUUAUUGAAAUUUUAGAAAAGGAAAAUGGAAAACCUAUGGGACUUGCUGGACUUAUAAACAGAAGUGUGUCUAAUGUUAUAUGUUCUAUAACUGUAGGCAAGACCUUCAGUUACGACGAUGAAGGUUUUACUCAGGCGGUGAACCUAGUUGGAGAAGAAAUUUCAAAUCCGUAUGCACCACUCGUUGAUAUGCUUCCAUUUCUACAGUACGUUCCUGGUGAUAUGUUCCUCAUUAAGCGUUCGUUUAAGAACAAAGCCAUACUGGAGCAAGCUGUUAAAGAAGAAAUAGAAGAACACAGGCAGACGUUGGAUGAAAACGACGCAAGAGAUUUUAUUGACGCUUUCUUGUUAGAAGAGAUGAAACACAAAGAGGAAGAGGGAACCGAUUUUGAAGAUGAUCAACUACAGUUUACCAUACUGGACUUGUUUGCCGCAGGUACAGAGACAACAUCCACCACAAUUUCAUGGGCAGUAUUAUUCCUGAUGCAAAAUAUGGCCAUACAAGAAAAAAUGCACGAAGAAAUCGAAAACGUCGUCGGAUCAAAUCGACAGGCAACUCUGACCGACAAACCUGAUUUACCAUACUGUAAUGCUGUGAUUACUGAAACCCAGAGAUUAGGAAAUAUAGUUCCUUUGUCUUUGUUCCACAUGGCCACAGAGGACCUCGUUCUGGAGAAUCGACGAAUACCGAAGGGAGCAAUUGUUAUUCCCGUUCUUGAUUCUGUACAGAAUGACGAGAAAAACUUUCCUAAUCCAGAAAAGUUUGACCCUUCAAGAUUCAUUAACAACGAGGGAAAGUACUGCAAUCAGGAUAAGAUCAUGCCAUUUUCUUUGGGAAGACGUGUAUGCUUGGGCGAAUCUUUGGCCAGAAUGGAAUUGUUUCUAUUCUUAACAUCAAUGGUUCAAAAAUUUAAGUUCCUACCACCAGUGGGAGAACAGCCACCCCCAGCAGUUGGAAGUCUCGGCAUAACACAUGGACCGCUUCCAUUUAAUGUGCGAUGUGUUCCAUGGUGAUGUCUGUUUGUCUACUUGAGUUUGAAUUUCGUGACUGGUGAUACAAGCCCGUAAAUAUCAAAUAGCAAGAAAAGGUCUGACUUGAAUGUCGAAAUAACGGUGUUUUUUAACGCUCAAGCACGGAGUCAAAAACAUAACAAGUCACAAUUAUCGCUCUAUUAAUAAUUAUGUCUAGGCUUCCAUUUACAUCAAUACUUUUGUGUUACGAUAAUGUUUUCAUUUUAGAAUGUUUAAAGACUUGAAACCGUUGACCAUUUUGACAGAAAAACUAAGUCUUGGGAGUUAAUAAAUAGACGACGACGAAUUAUUAAUUAAUGUAUAAUAUUCAUAUUAUAGAAGUGGUUUACAUAUA